AUGAGUCUUGAAGAAUUUGAUGCAUUUACUUCUUUAAAAGCUUUAAGAGAUUUAAAAAAGUAAAUAGAAGCUAAAGCUUAAGUUGAUUAGAAAUCUAGAGUUGCAUUACAAAAUAUAUAGAAAGCAUAACUUUUAAGUUAGUAUGAUUUGAGAAUGCAAUUUUAACAUUGGUUAGCUAAAUUAGGAGAUUUAAGUACUAAAUAAAUUGCAUACUCAAAUAUAUUCUAAUUAGUUUAGUAAAAUUAAUCUUAACCAAAUCUUUAAUUAUUGAUUACUUGUUUAUAAACUCCUAUUAAUGGUAAAGGAAGUGAAAGUAUUAUAAAAACAAUUAAUAUAAUUGUUGGAAUAUAUGGUGAUACAAUUAGUGUUACAGAUGUUUACAAAUUAAUUGAAAUUAUGCUUAAAUACUUCAAUGUACUAUAAAUUUAGAACUAUAUAGGACUCAAAUAAUAAUGUCUAAGCAGCAAUUAGUGAAUGUUGGUCUAAUAUUUACAUAAAGAAUAUAUCUAAAAAGCCAUAAUAAUAAAGAGUAUUGUUAAUGUAUUCAACUCUAAGUUAAUUAAUUGGAUCUGGAGGAAGUAGACAAACAUAAGAAACUGCUACCAUUGUGUUAGCAUAAUUAUUUGAAACAUUAACAACUGCACAAGAUUUAACAUUUUUAAAAGAUGUUGUAAAAGAUUAUUUAGCAAUUUAUUUGGUAUUUUAAUUAUGUUAAGAAGAAAUAACAAAUAGAUCAUUCAGGAUUCUACACUAUCAUGUUUUAUAUUAUUAAGACUUUACAAAUAUAAAGUUUUGCUAGUUAAUAAAUUCAAAUUAUUGAUAAAACACUUUAAGGAAUUAAUAAUUAGAAACUAAAUUACAGAGUAAUAGUUAAUAUAUGAUAUUAUUUUAGACAAGAGUAGGAGCAUUAAAUCUUAUGAAAUUAAUUGCUUCUCAAUAUUAAAACUCUAAUUUUAAAAUUGCCUUAGGAAAUUUGCAUGAAUAAGUUAUCAUUGUAUUAGAAGAUUCAACCAAAGAUAGAGUUAUUGCAGUUUAAAAUGCUGCUAGAACAGCUUUAAAGGAAUGGAUGAGAUUGAAAUUAUAAGUUGAUUGUGAAGUAAUCCCUAAUCCCGUUUCUCUUGAUUAAUCUCCAGGCUUUUUAAAAAAAUAAAGUGGUACUGGAGGUGGAUAAGUUUAUGUAAAUUAGAAAAUACAAAAUUAAUAAUAAUUUAAACAAGAUAUUAAGCAAGUAUUAAUCGAGGAUCAAUUUGAAAAUACAGUUGAUUAUACAAAUAUUAUUCAUGAACCUAAUCUUAAUGUAUGGCAAAAAGCAAUAAGACUUUAAUAAGAUGGUUUACUAGAGGAUGCAGUUGAGCUUUUACUUCAUGAAGGAGAUGAUCUAUAUUUAAUAAGAUUCUUAAUGGGUUAUAAAAAUUACUCUUAAUUAUUUGAUUUACUUUCAAACUCUUUAGCUUUGUAAUUGAUUGAUACUUUAAUAUUAAUCUUAGAAUCUGAUUUUCUUAACAUUUUAUGUUUAGAUUUCAUAUAGUAAUUUAUUGAUUGUGGUUUGGGGGAUUGGUUUAAAGAUACUGAAUUUGUAGAUUAUUUAGAGUAUAAUACAGAGCAAAAUUUACCUUCCACUCCUUUAUGUAAAAAAGUUAGAGACUAAUUGAAGUGA